GAGCGAGUCCGAGCCAAAGAAUCUGUCCUGCUCCCGGAGAAAGGACAGAUUCUUUACCGUUGGAACGACGAGUUUCAACGUUCACUUCCGAUCGGAUCUCUCCUCCUCUGCGCCGCUCUUCUCCAGUCUGCCUGCUUCGAGCGAUGCGCAAUGCCCAUUUCGCAGCUGGACUUCCUCCUGUUGGUGCUCAAGACCCCCCCGCACCUUCGCCUCAUCUUCUAUCCACUGUCCGGCUCACUCGGGCCAGUGCAUCAGAAUUGAAUCUCCUCGGAGCACAGUGGAGCAAAUUCAGUGAGCUUGUAGUUCCGUUACGCAGCCGGGAUACAGUUCGAAAGGUUUAGUUUGAAGAGUGCAGCGAAGUCCGUCGAGCUCAAGCGAGAGACUGUGAGUGAGUGAGCUGGGUCGGUCGCUCGAUCGAUCUUCUAGCAGUUGCGAAUCGACCUCACCGGCAAGGCAGACCUCGAGUAUGAUAACUUCCACCCGAAGUGCAAGCCGCAAGCAAGCGAGAGGGCAAGCGUGGAAUUGAGCUUCGCCUCGAAGAGAAUCGUCGCAGGGUGGUUGGGUGGUUGGGUCUUUCUGAGGAUUAACAGCGCCUUGCACUCAGGAUGGAGAUCGUCCCGUCUAUCAUGGAAUCAGCUCGACCGGUCAUGCUGGGAAUGGUGAUGUGCGAAGUGGGAAACACUCCCUGCAAUCUGGACAGUGAGGCUAAAGAGCUAAUGUGCCGAACACCGAACGUUACGGUCAUGACACACUCAUCGGAGACAGCCGAAGCCGAAGAAGGCCUACUACGUCCCAAUCAGUCGGAGACUGUGUCCAAGCCACCUCUGGUCAGAACGAUGUUGCCUCUUCGAGAGUUGGACUUGAAGCUCAGCGAGACGGAGAACGUUCCUCGCAGGAUGGAGAUGGCUUCCAAAGCAAUGCCAGUGAAGGCGGUAGCUGCUCCCAAGGAAAUGCCAUUCAAGGAGCGCAACAGGGAAGAGGGCAAGAGGAUGAUUCCCCCCCACAUCAAAGUACCGCCCAAGAAACUCUUCGGGUACCCAGAAAGGUACAAGAGCCCGACAGAUGCUAUGGUAUCGCCCAUCUCUAAAGGGUUGCUCGCGCGAAACAGGAGACCUGCACGAACGCUGGCUCCAGUGGUGCCACCGAAGGCUCUGGAGAACACGUUCCAGGACGUGGUGGUAGACGGAGAAGUGGGCAACUCGGAGUGAUCCGGAUUUGGUGUUGAUAUAAAUGGGUGCCUUUGGGGCACUCAUUCAAAUCCUUCAGAUGUUGCAUUGAAGUAAAAAUUUAAUCGUGGAGCUUCCCAUGAGCUGACAUGGGAGUCUCUACGCAUAGGCCACACUAAAGGGGAUCGGAAAGCGAUGAUGACGCUCUGGUUUUUUGUUGACCUGCCUUCUUUCUCGUCAGUUCAUACCUCUGAAAAGUUGGACAGUACACGACGACAGAGGCACACACUCUCACCCAGUCACCCAACCCUUGCAUGCUCCCAUACUGCUGUUGUGAGAUGCUUAAGCAGUGGUUACAACACCCAUGUCUAUAGUAGUAAGAGUCAAUAUAUUCCUAUGUUCAAUGACGGGAAUAGCUGCCCAAAUAGCAGUCAUUGAGAUAUGACAUUUGAGGCGGAACUAGUUUGUACAAAUAGGUGAAAUUGAAAUUAGCGUUUACAAAGCGAGGUAUCUGCUAGUUGUAGCAGUUUCGCUUCGUCCUGGCGAAUUUGAUAUCGCUUUCUGAAUCUCCUGUGCCCAGGCGGGAUUGUAUUCUUUGAUAGUUUUGUCAGGUCGCCUUUCCCCACUGAUGUCUCUUCGCUCUAGCGCGAUAUUGCAGAAGAAAAAUGGAAAUAUGAAAAAUACAUCGAAUCUAUUUCAAGUAUCUUCUUAUAUACAUGUGGUCAAGCAAUGAAAUUACAGAAUUCU